GCGCCGUAGUGGAAAUCGGAGCAAAUGUGACCAAGGCAUUACUACAUACAAUCUGAGAAGUGUUGAAGAUCAAAUUCAACUUACAUAAGUUUGAAUCCCGUUUGAGUUUAGAAUCAAGUUCCAAAAAGUUGACGCAAAAUUAUUAUUAUUUCCGAAUGACAACUACCGAUGUUGCAAAGUUCAUCGUUACGAUAUAAAAUGGGGAGUUCGGUGCUGAGAAUAGGAUGUUCAUUUAUUUUGUGCUGCCUUGGACUAGGGGGCCAGACUACUGCUUCAAUAGUCACAAUCAGAGGAACAUCACAAUUGAGGGGAACGAUAGAAUAUGCCAUAAAUUCUACGAAACCAAUACAGGUGUUUCGUGCAGUGCCCUAUGCAAAGCCGCCUGUUGAUGCAAUGCGAUUUAAAGCUCCAGAAGAUGUGGAAUGGUGGAAUGGAGAGCGAAAUGCAAGUGGGGCCAGUCCCAUUUGUCCUCAACAAGGCAUGUCAUCUCCUCUGAUGAAGGAAGAUUGUUUGACUUUAGACAUCUAUACUCCAACGAUUGACGUCAACGCUAGCUUGGCCAUCCAAAUAUGGAUCCAUGGUGGCGCAUUCAAAGACGGUCUCAAUUAAGACGUUAUAUAAACAUACAGUUGCAGUAGUAGUGAGUUCCAGGGAAUCGCUAUGGCAACCUACGAAAAUGUGAUUUUCAUCUCCAUCAAUUACAGAUUAGGGAUAUUAGGUUUCCUGACAAGCAAUUCUUCAGAAGCACCUGGUAAUCAGGGAUUAUGGGAUCAACGACAAGCGUUUAUGUGGGUAAAGGAAAAUAUCAAACCAUUUGGAGGCGACCCAAAUAAGAUAACAAUUUCAGGAGAAAGUGCAGGAAGCAUAGCAGUAUCAGCACAUAUUUUGUCCCCCAAAACAGAGGGCCUCUUUGAACAAGCGAUCUCACAGAGUGGGACUGCUACAGCCGCUGCACGGGUCUCUUUAAUGAAGCAAGAACUUCCCAAAACACAACUACUUGCACAGACAAUAGGGUGCUGUACAAACUGCACAAUAUCAGAACUUGAUGGUUACAUGGCAUGUUUGAGAAAUGUAACAAUAGAAAAGAUUCUAGAUCUGCAGUCAUACACGACUCCACAACCUGUCAUCGACAACAACUACAUUCUCGAUAACCCAUAUAAUAUGUACACCCAGGGUAAAUUCAAACACGUGCCUUACCUCAUUGGCUUUAACGGAGACGAGGGCGCCAACUUUUAUGACAAGUCUAUUCCAUCAAGGUCGAGUUUAAAGGAAUUGAUAAAACAAUAUGCGAGUGACUUUUACCCAGAAAAUGUUGAUGCUAUAGUUGAAGUUGCAGUGCCACUGUAUGUGGAUGGUCGGGAUACUGAUAAAGAUCGUGCAGUGGCGUUGAGUGACUUUAUAGGCGAUCUACGUUAUAUUGGACCAAGCAAUGAUGUUGGCAGAAAGUACACACAGGUUGCUCCAACAUUCAUGUAUCGCUUCGCCCACAGACCAAGCUCCAGUACACGCCAGCAAUGGGCAAGCGCGGGGCAUGCUGACGAGAUACAAUAUACACAAGGGGACCCGUUCGUGAACCAUGGGUCGGGAAGCUAUACAGAGAACGAAAAGAUACUGAGUGGACAGAUCAUGAGAUACUGGGCGAAUUUUAUUAAAUCGGGAUCUCCAAACUCCGAAGACACACCUUUACAAUGGUCACGGUUUGAUUGCAAAGAGAAGGGAUAUCUCAAUAUAGAACAAGAUGGCAAAUUCACAAGUCAGAAGGAUUACAACGUUGAUAGGAUGUUUGCUUGGGCUGAAACUAUUCCAAAAUUGGACUCAUUUCGAAAAAAUAACCAGACUACAUGGAAAUGUGACUCAACUGAUACUUCAAGAGGAGCAACCUUGUUUUCAUUCAACAUACAAUGUGUUUUGCUGAUGGUGUUGGUGGAUCUUAUAUCAUGGCUAUGAUGAUGUACAGGAAUAAAUGAUCUGACUGAGGUUGUGAUCAGUUGUACAUACAAUUAAACCUGUAAAGUGGAACACCUCCAUAAGUG